CACGUAUUUAAAUCGUGAGUUGCGGUUUACAUAACAAUGAAAUUUAAGAACAGGGGGAUUUCCUCUGAGCCGGAAUUUGCAUACAUGAGCAAAAAAAAAGACAAAGACAUAAAGAGCAAUAAAAAACGGGGUCCGGUUGUUUUAUAAACUUGUUUCUCCAUUUUUGUAGUCGAGAUUUUGUUCGUUUUUUACGCAGAUGCUUUCGACGAAAUACAUUAUUAAAGAAAUUUUGCGUUGUUCGGUUGGCAUUAAUUACACGGUAUUUGUUUUUGUUUUUAUGAUUAAAUUACGCUAAUUGCCAUUACCACAUUAGUAAUAAAUGAUGUGUUAGAUGUAAAAUAUUAAUUUAUUGCUGUGCAAAAUGUUGAAAGUGGCUAUUUUGUGUAUUUUUUUAACGUUCAACAAAUUUAGUUUUACCAUGCACACUUUGUCACAUUUAUCAAUGAGAAUUCAAGAUCUUUCCAGCCCUUGUCCGGAAUAUUUUGAAUACAAAACUGAGCAUGGGAAUAACCUGUAUGGAUUUUUGGUGGUGGAAAGUGUACCGGAAAAUAACAUGAUACAAAUCAAUAUGGAAUUGUCUAUAGGAAAUAGCGUACAAGGUUUUAAUGGAAAUAUCGAACUGUUGUACUCUAGAGAAAAAGUGGUGGACGACAUAACCCAUCAUAGACCCAUAGAGUACAAAGUUAUUUUUCCAUAUUGGAAAAAUAUUCCCCCAAAAGUCACUAAAAUAUAUGUUAACGGGCAUUUAGUUUGUCAAGGGCCAAAGAUUGAAAUAAAUACUGUGCCGGUUUUAACCACCAUCAAUUUGCAGCAUACUUUAACAAUAAACAGUUUGCCUUUAUCCAAUGACAAUUCCAUACCAACUAAAGAUAGGUUCGAUCGACCGUCGACGUCAGAGAGACCUCAAGGUAACAAUUUUUUCGAAAUUAAAGUACCAAACAAUAUAAACUUUAACCCGAAACCCCCGGAUAACCCGGACUCAAUAUACCGGGGGAAUCCGUUUUUGAAUCCGACAAAUUUCAAUAAAAAACCAAUAGUUUCAGUUACCACAAUUCCAGCGUUGCCUGGAUUAAACAAAAACCCGUUUUUGACACCCAUAUUGAACGACCGAAAUAAACCGGAAAUUGUCGUCACCACCCAGAAAUCCACAGUGCUACCAACGUUAACAACAAUAGAGAUAACCAAUGACAACAAAUUUUCGGAAAUUUGCGGUCGACCCGUGGCGACGAAUUCUUUAAUCGUAGACGGCUUAGACGUUCCUAAAGGCGCUUAUCCAUGGCUAAGUGCCAUUUUCAGGGUACAAAAUACCGGACUUACGUAUAUAUGCAGCGGAAGCCUUAUUUCCAACAGACACGUUGUCACAGCUGCACAUUGCAUGCAAAAAGACUCCCGCAACGUCAAACCGCAAGACCUGUUGAUAAUUCUCGGAAAAUUGAACAUAGCCAAGUGGAAACCUCUACCUGGAGAAAAAAUGAUCGAACCUGAAAGUUUACACGUUCACCCGAAUUACGCGUCAUCAAAUAGUGACGCAGACAUCGCCGUCAUCACUUUGAGCGAAAUUUUGACAUUUUCCGCACUAAUUAUGCCUGUUUGUCUGUGGCGGGGACCCGACAACCUAAACCUAGUUGUCGGAAGUGAUGGGGUGGUAGCUGGCUGGGGAAAAAACGAGGAGGGUUUAAUUUCCACCGCGGAACCGAAACAAACUUUUUUACCAAUCGUCGACCAAGAAACUUGUUUGAGAUCCUCGCACCAAUUUCAAUACAUAACCUCUAACAGAACGUUUUGUGCAGGCAGUCAAAACGGGAAAGGUCCAUGUAACGGCGAUUCGGGAAGCGGCUUGAUAAUCAAGAGGGAUCAAGUCUGGAUGUUGCGGGGGAUCGUUUCGAUGUCGAUAUCGGACACGCAUUCGAGAACUUGCGAUUUGAAUCAUUACGUUGUUUUUACGGACGCGAGCAAAUUUCACUCGUGGUUGUAUUCUUUUAUUAUACCGUCCGUGUGAUGUAAACAACGUAGCUUUUUUAUUGCUAAAACUGUGUUAUUAUUUUUAGUUGGAUAUUAUUUAAUAAAUUUUAUAUGUAUUUUUGAUA